UCUCACUCCAUUACAUUACAAUCAACAUCUCUCUCUCUCUCUAGAGCUUCAUUCUCUCUCUACAAUGAGAAUAUCUGCAGUUGUUCUUCUCUUCUUGUGUGCAGCUUUGCUAGUGAAUGCUGAAGAUCCUUACAGAUACUUCACUUGGACUGUCACUUAUGGGACUAUUUCCCCUCUUGGUGUCCUUCAGAAGGAGGGUAUUCUCAUCAACGGCCAGUUCCCUGGCCCAAAACUCGACUGCGUAACCAACGACAACAUCAUCAUCAACGUCAUCAACAACCUCGGAUUCCUAAUAACUUGGAACGGGAUCAAACAGAGGAAGAACUCGUGGCAAGAUGGAGUCCUCGGCACGAACUGCCCAAUCCCUCCCGGUUCAAAUUACACCUACAAGUUUCAGACUAAGGACCAAAUUGGGACUUUCACGUAUUUUCCUUCGACAGCGAUGCAUCGUGCUUCAGGGGGAUACGGUGCACUGAAUGUAUACGCGAGGCCGCAAAUUCCUGUACCAUAUAGCCCCCCUGCUGGAGAUUUUACGCUGCUUGUUGGUGAUUGGUAUAAAGCUGGACACAAGGUACUGAGGCAAUCUCUGGACUCUGGAAAAGCUCUUGGUCUCCCCGACGGGCUUCUUAUUAACGGAGUUACCCAGUAUACUUCCUUCACUGGAGACCAAGGAAAAACUUACCUGUUUCGGGUAUCAAAUGUGGGACUAUCACAAUCCAUCAACUUCAUGAUCCAAAACCACCUCCUAAAGCUAGUUGAAAUCGAAGGAUCACACCCGAUCCAGAGCACAUACGAUUCUCUCGACAUCCAUGUAGGCCAAUCUAUGACGGUGCUCGUCACCCUGGAUCAAUCCCCUAAAGAUUAUUACAUCGUCGCCUCGACCAGAUUUAACAGGAAAGUCUUAACCGCCACCGCGACAUUGAGGUACAGCAACUCUCAAUCGGGCGUUUCGGGUCCGGUACCCGCUGCUCCCGCUGGCGGGUAUCAUUGGUCAAUGCGCCAAGCUAGAACUUUCAGAUGGAAUUUAACUGCAAAUGCCGCGAGGCCUAACCCUCAAGGAUCAUACCAUUAUGGGACCAUUCCAAGAUCAAGAUCCCUAUUUUUAGCAAAUUCAGCACCUCUGAUCAAGGACAAGCAGAGAUAUGCAGUUAAUGGUGUCUCAUAUAUCGUUCCCGAUACUCCAUUAAAGCUUGCUGAUAGAUUCAAUAUCGACGGAGUUUACACCUACGACAGCAUUCCUACUGAUUCUACUAGGAGUGCUAAUGUUACUGGGACGCCUGUCGUUCGACUUGGUUUGCAUGAUUUCAUCGAGAUUGUGUUUCAGAACACUGAAAACACAAUGCAAUCUUGGCAUCUUGAUGGAUAUAGUUUCUGGGUUGUUGGCUACGGAGGAGGUCAAUGGUCCGAGAAAAUGAGGAGGCGAUACAAUCUAGUUGACGCCCUCUCACGGCACACAGUUCAAGUUUAUCCAUACGGAUGGUCGGCGAUCUUGGUGUCGUUGGAUAACCAAGGGAUGUGGAACUUAAGAUCGGCAGUGUGGGCAAGGCAAUACCUUGGCCAGCAAUUCUACAUGAGAGUUUGGACGCCAGAGCAAAGCCUUGCGAAUGAGUACAUGAUGCCUGAUAACGCCUUGCUUUGUGGGAAGGCUACGGGUCUGCACCCUUGAUGAAACCUGAUCCAUUCAUUAUGAUAAGAUAGAGAAGGAAAAAUAACAGGAAGAUAAUAAUUUCUGUGCAAAGAAACGUAAUUGAUGAUUUUUUUUUUUUCAUUUUUUUCAUUUUUUUUUGUCGCGACUAAUUUAUUUAUUUGUUUUCUUGUGUACGUGCUUGGGCUAGUGAAUAUAUGCCUAAUUGAUUGCUGAACCUUGAAAAUACUCACCGUUGUUUUUGUGAUUAGAUUUUUUCGUAUAUGCCAUAAUUUUCAUUUAA